AUGCCGGUGAAUUACAAUUUGUCAGCGUCCACUUCUCGACCGUGGACAUUCAUUAAGCUAAUCUUUAAAUGGGACGGAUCCGUCUGGAAAGCGAUUUGGAUGCAAUACGCAGUUUGGCUAGGUUUUUAUUUUAUUUUAAGCGGCUACUAUAGAUGGAUAAUGGAUAUCGACCAGAAAAAAACGUUUGCUCAAAUUGUUGAUUAUACGGAUCGUCGGCUAAAAUAUUUUCCCUUAUCUUGGAUGCUCGGUUUUUUUGUUGCUGCAGUGAUGGCUCGAUGGAAAUAUUUAUACAAUAUUAUUGGAUGGAUGGAUAAUACAGCUUUAAUCGUGGCUCAAUAUGUGAGGGGUACAAGUGAGAGAGCGCGAAUGUAUCGACGACAAAUCGUUCGCCAUUGUAUGGUCACACAGGCUUUGGUUUUUCGCGAUCUCUCGGUGAGGUGUCGAAAGCGUUUCCCCACUUUGGACACCCUUGUCGCAGCUGGAAUUCUCACCCAGCACGAGUUUGAUGUCUUUGAAGAGAUCCAGUAUCGAUAUGCAAGAUAUUGGGUUCCCUUCCAAUGGGCUUGGGCUGUCUCAUACAACGCUUGGAAAGAGGGUCUCAUUGAGGGAGCCUACUAUCAACAAAUUGUUUCUGAUACGAUCAGAGAGUUCCGAACGGGACUUGCCUGGUUGUGCAACUAUGAUUGGUGUCCUUUGCCGAUGGUUUAUCCGACAAUCGUUUGCUUGUCUGUUCAUAUUUACUUUCUGGUGGCCAUUGUGGCACGACAAUAUGUUCAAGAAAGCGAAAAUUUUCAUAUUGAUCUCGUUUUCCCUUUCAUGACCAGCUUUCAAUUUAUCUUUUAUAUGGGCUGGUUGAAAGUAGGUGAAGCAAUGUUAAAUCCAUGGGGUGAAGAUGAUGACGACUUUGAGACAAAUCUUCUCAUUGACAGAAAUCUGACGAUGUCACUGAAAAUAGUAGAUGAGGGUUAUGGUAAAACCCCCUAUUUGGCAAAGGAUACUUUCUGGGAUCACGAAUGGCAACCAAUGUAUCCGGAAGAUUUUGAUUUCUCAACUCAAAAAGAUCCACGCUUAAGCAUGGCUGAUUUGAGACUUCCUUCGUCAGUGAGUGAAAUUCGAAUGGUUCCUUUGCAGCAACGACGAGGCAUGAAGUUCGAGUUCAAUCACAUGCUUCUCUACUUAAACUCCAAUCCAAUAAAGGUGAUGAAGGCGCCAACGGGAAUCUUUCAAUUGGGAACCGAAAGAGAAUCGAAUCCAAAUGAGAAAUCGAGUGCAUCCCUGAACGAGCAAGGAGGAUUGCCCCGUCUUGGCAGUAUUAUUUUACCCGGUGUCACUCUUGUUGAGGAGAAUAAUCGAAAAAUCUCCGUUGAUCCAGGAAAUCAUAUUUUAUCAAUCAAUGAAGUGAGU